CCUCUCGCUGGAUUCUUUAUGCAAGAUUACAAGGUUUGGGUGGAGAAUAAAUAAACCGGGUUUUGAUUGGACGGCUGUACUUGAGUAACCAAUCAUCGCGUUUGUCAUAGAAUAGCAAUUACGUCACAACAUGGCGGCUCUUUGUAUGAUUCUGCUGCGAAGCUAGUUGAAUAAAUAUGAAAACACACAUAAUUUGAUUAAAUACUGUAUUUAGUAAGUACGGAGCUUUAGAUACAAACAUGACGUGUUGGGCGCUUAACAUUUUAGUUUGGUUUAAAAACGUUCUUCGCUGUAGUUGACAUGCUAGCCCUUCGGCUAAAUUAACGUUAGCAAACAAUGGCAAAUAGCGAGUAAUUUAACGUUGGUCCUGCUGUGAAACCCAACGUUUGUCAUUUAAGUUGAAGCAAUGUUGGGGUUUCUGACUGCACGGCAGGCCGGCCUGGACGACCCUCUGCGACUGAGACGAGCAGAGUCAACGAGAAGGGUCCUGAGUCUCACGUUGAAUCCUGACAGAGAAGUGGACAGAAUCCACGGAAAUGGCAUCAACACCAUAGACAUUGAAGUAGUAGAGGGCCGAUACAUGUUGUCUGGUGGAGCAGAUGGAGUGAUCGUCAUCUAUGACCUGGAGAACUAUAGUGGGAAACUCCACUACACAUGCAAGUCCGUUUGCACGGUGGGCAGGUCAAAUCGGUAUGUCCACAAAUUCAGCGUAGAGACGGUCCAGUGGUACCCUUACGACACCGGCAUGUUUGUCUCCAGUUCCUUUGACAAGACGAUGAAAGUCUGGGACACGGAGACGCUGAAGCCCGCUGAAGUCUUCGAGUUUGAGGGCAACGUCUACAGCCACCACCUGUCCCCCAUUGCCAGGAAGCACAGUCUCAUCGCAGUUGGCACCAAAGACCCUAAAAUCCAUCUGUGUGACCUUAAAUCUGGGUCACGGAUUCAAGUUCUUCAGGGUCACAGAGCAGAGAUCCUGUCCGUGCGCUGGUCGCCCAGAUACGAGCACAUCUUAGCAACUGCCAGUGCAGACAGCAAAGUGAAAGUAUGGGAUGUGCGUCGGGCCUCUGGCUGUCUCUUCAGUCUGGAUCAGCACAACGGAGACAAAUCCAAAGCCGCCUCCGAGGCAGUGAACACGGCGCAUAACGGCAGAGUCAACGGCCUGUGCUUCACUGGCGAUGGCCUCUACCUCCUCACCACAGGAACCGAUGACCGGAUGCGACUAUGGAAUAGUGCUACCGGGGAAAACACACUGGUGAACUACGGGAAGGUCUCCAACGGGAACCGCAAGAAGCUCCAGUUCGCCGUGUCGCGCGGCUGCGGCCCGGAGUUUGUGUUUGUGCCGUGCGAGAGCUCGGUGGCCGUGUACGCCGUCCACACGGGAGAGCUGGUCUCUACGCUCAGGGGUCACUACAACAACGUGGACUGCUGCGAGCUCCACCCGGACUACCAGGAGCUCUACACUGGAGGUAAAGACUGUAACAUCCUGGCGUGGAUUCCUGUCCUUCGCUCCCCAGAUGUGGAGGACGAGCCAAAAAGUGCAAAUCAGGCUGCCGGGGCCCCGUCUUCAGUGAAUCAAGCCUUUCAGGACGCAUGGAGCAGCGAUGAAGAUUAAGUCUGGCUUUUGUCUGCAUGGACAACUUUGCAAAUUAUCACACUUCCCUUCACGGUUAACUCGUGGAAAUAGAAAAACAUGUUAAUGAUGGUCCUUCGACGCCGGUGAAGCUAUUUAUGGGUUUAUGGAAGUGGCUCCUGUUAUGUAAUUGCAGAUAAUAAUUAAGGCCUUGGAAUGACAAGCUAUUGUGUAAAUAAUUGUACGACUUUGUUUGCACAAUGUUAUGAAUGUUUUUUUUGUACUUUUUAUAUCUCAUUGCGUUUCCCUUUUUAAUUUGAGUGUGAAGCGACGGCGUCUGCAGGGUGUGCAUACUGAGAUGCAAGAAGAGACGACACGUGGGAAAAGACCAGGCCUUGAGUGAACAGACGUCGUCUUGUGUCACUUAUGCCAUAAUUUGCAUUUGUUUAUGAGUUCUUCCAUCCCUCCUUGCUGAAACUACCUGCAUUAGUGACUGAAACCUUUCUCUCUGACACACCCUCAUAGUUUUACAUAUUGCCUUAGUUACCAUGAGAAGGCCUUGAACACCCCCCACCCGUCUCCCCUCCCCAAAAAGGAAACUACAAUGAACAAAAGCAAAAACACCUCAA